UACAGCUGGUUGUCGUGAACUUUGACACAGGCAAGAUGGCGUCUCCAACAGUAAACCCCGAUUUGGCUCGUGAGAGAAAGAGAGCUACGUUCGAUCCCAUACAACUGACUUAUGUCUUAUAUAAUGGGCCGGAGAGGGUCAGAAGAAAGCGAUAUUUACAAUCGUUGGCCAUCAAUGAUCCUGUGAUUGCAAACAGCCCUGACUGGCACACACUGAGUCGUGAACAGAAGUACGAGGAGGUGAUGCGCAAGACAGUGUACUACACCAACAGAGUACAGGAGCUCGGACUGACCGACCCGGAAGAAAUAUUCAGCUACUGGGAGGCUGGGAUGGCUCAUGAGAACUCGGCCUUUGGUCUCCAUAGCAGCAUGUUCAUCCCGACCAUUGAGAAGAUGGGUACGGAGGAGCAGAAACAGGCAUGGAUCCCCAGAUCCCUGAGUUACGAGAUCAUUGGGACGUAUGCCCAGACGGAACUCGGACAUGGUACAUUUGUACGAGGCUUGGAGACCACAGCAACAUAUGAUCCAAAGUCUAAGGAGUUUGUCAUCAACUCUCCGACCUUGACCUCCACCAAAUUCUGGCCAGGGGCAUUGGGCAAGACAUCUAACUACUGUAUCGUGAUGGCCCAGCUGCUCACCCAGGGUCAGAACUGUGGGAUACAGGCGUUCAUCGUGCCGCUUCGUCGCCUUGACAACCACCAGGCACUGCCAGGUGUGACAGUGGGUGACAUUGGCACCAAGUUUGGCUAUGAGAGUAUAGACAAUGGCUUUCUGAAGUUGAAUCAUGUCCGUGUCCCAAGGAUGAAUAUGCUUAUGAGAUAUGCAAAGGUGCUGGAGGAUGGGACCUUCAUAAAGCCAGACAACGACAAGCUCGUUUAUGGGUCCAUGGUCUUCAUACGCUCCGUCAUCACAAAUGACGCUGCCCGCAGCCUGGGCCAGGCCUGCACCAUUGCCAUCCGCUACAGCGCUGUGCGCAGACAGACUGAAGUCAGCCCCAAAGGUGAGGAGGCACAGGUCCUAGACUACCAGACCCAGCAGCACCGAGUAUUCCCAGCCCUGGCUACGUCCUACGCACUGUGGUUUGCUGGGAGGUACAUGGUGGACGUGUACCUGCGGGUCACGGAGCAGAUAGAGAAGGGGGCCCUGGAAGAACUGCCACAGCUCCAUGGCCUUUCAUCAGGUCUCAAAGCCUUCAGCAGCUGGGCAGCCUCUAGGAUGCUGGAGGAGUGUCGCAUGUCCUGUGGUGGCCAUGGUUACAGCAACGCAAGCGGCUUCUCCAAGAUCUAUGUGGAUCUGACUCCAGCUUGUACCUACGAAGGGGAAAAUAUGGUCAUGAUGCUUCAGAGUGCAAGGUUCCUGUUGAAAUGUUUUGCUCAGGCCAAGUCUGGGGCCAAGCUGCCUGGCCUGGUGUCUUGUCUGAACAGACCCCUACGGGGCUCCAGCUCCAUCGACAGCAGGCUGGACCUCACAGCGCUGUUUGAUGCCUAUGAACACAGAGCUGUCAGACUCAUCACAGAGGCGGCAGGUCGAGUGCAGGGAUUGGUCACAUCAGGGAAGACAGGUCAGCAGGCAUCCAAUCAGGCCUCAGUACAGCUUGUUGCUGCAGCCAAUGCAUUCUGCCAUGCGUUUGUCCUGAAGACAUUUAUGGACAAGCUGUCGGUGGGUGUGUCAGAUGCUGCAGCGAGGUCCGCCCUCAACACCCUGUGUCAGCUGUACGCUGUGUACGGCAUCGUCGACAACUUGGGAGAGUUUAUGAUUGAUGGCUACGUCAGCAGCAAGCAGGCGACAAUGCUGAAUCAGCGACUUCUGGACCUCCUGGCUGAGAUCAGACCCAAUGCAGUGGCCUUCGUAGAUGCGUUCGACACCCCUGAUAAUGUCCUCAAGAGUGCCCUGGGUCGCUUUGAUGGCAACGUGUAUGAGGCAAUCUUUGAAUAUGCAAAGAAUUCCAAACUGAAUGAGAAGGAUGUCGCAGAUGCAUACCACAAGCACAUGAAGCCUUUCAUGGAUGAGAUGAAGCUCAAAGCCCCACGCGUGGCAGCCCGCUUGUAGAGAAUGAUCUUGGCACAAGGCGGUCCGGCAUGUUCAGUGUUCUGUACCAGGAGCCUACAGGUUGGGGGUUCAGUGUUGUAGCAUCAUAAUGAGUUGACUUAGGGGACGUUUAACUGUAACAAACCUAGUACCUUUAUCCCUUGCUCUCUGUGUCAGCUCUUUUCUUUGAUACUGCAACUUCGCAAGACCCCCAUAAGUAGCCAUAAGAAGAAAAAGGAGACCAAAGUUUAUUUCAUGAACAUUUUUACUUUAUUUGAUUGUUUGUAUUAAUUUCUGACGUUUUUUGGUUCAUAUUUACAUAGUUUAUAAGAAACAUUUUGAACUUUGUCCCGGGUCAGUAUCUACUCAAGAUUUUCUUGUUGUGAAGAUGAGACACCUUCUAUUGAAGACUCCUUGUCUUUACAGCAUAAUGUCAACUGUUUUCUAAAAUAUACAACAAAGAUGUUGUUAUAAGAACACCCGAUUCUUCCAUUUUACUGUAGUUAAUCUGUCAUGACAGUUUAACGAAAUCAUAUGAAAGAAUCAGGUGUAGUAUAUCCCAAACAAUACAUACCACAAGGAGCCACCUAUAGGUUCAGCAGACCCAUUUAACCACUUUCUAGUGUUGUACGACUGUGUUUGUUCGUAUUGCAGCUUACAUCGUUAGAGGAGCCAAUUGUUCUUGUGAAAAUCAUUUUGAACAAAUAGAACACUGAAGACAUGUACGACUUGAAGGAAUUGUACAUGGUUGUUUUGAAAAUACAUUGUAUAUUUUUGUAUACUUGGUGUACUAUAUUCACCAUAUUUAGCCAGACAAAAGUUAAUUUUUACAAGUAUACAAACGCCAGAAAGUUUCAGGAGUUUGUAAUUGCUUUGUAACUAUUAUCGAAAAAAUGUUAGUUUUGCUAGAUCACUGACAAACAUUUAGCUCACUGUGUAUGGUGUUAAUAAGCAUCCCCCCGACAUACACACCUUUAUCAAUUUCAAGGUGCUUAUUACAGCUAAUAGUACAUGAUUAAUUUUUACAAGUAAUUACCAUAAGGGUUCAUAUUGAUUUAUUAUAGAUGUGUGUAGUUUUGCUGUUUAAACACAACUUCAUAUAAAAUUAGAUCUAUCAACAUUAUUUAUACUCUAAGUUAUUGGGUUAAAUUAAGCACACACAUCAAGUUGACCUCAGAUUGGGAAGAAUAUGUCAAGUUGAACAUUUUGAAUAUUUUGAAUGAAUGAGAUAUCCUUUUAAAUAACAGAUCACCAAGUUACUAUUUGUAAACAGACUGAGAAAACUCAUCCAACUAAAUAAUACCUCAGGAAACAGUGGAGUUGUGAUAUUGAAUGAUUUCAUUGUAAUCUGCAUGAUACCAGAUCCUGCAGCAUUAAGUUUUGUUUCAUGGCAACCCAGUAUGAUAUUAAAGUAUACAAUUUGAUAUGGAUGUUUAUCAGAGCCAUGACUGCUGCCAGAAUGUGUUGUCUCUUGUGAUGGUCAGUUCAGGUGUGCUGAGAAUACCUCACAAAAGUAACCUAUGAGAACAAAUAAAUCAGCUCAUUCAUGUUGCAAGCACACGUUAAGAUGGGAUUUCUGAUUGCUCUCUCUAUAACAAUAGAGAUAUGGAAAGUUCUGCAAAUUUGUUACCAGUGGUGAAAUGUGACCACAUGUGAUAAUUUAUUUCUGCAAUAAAAAUCAAAAGUGAUAUCAGU